UCUCUUUUAAUGGCUUUUCAGUCUCGCUCUCUUCUCCCCAGCCUCUCUCUCCCAUGCACCCUCCUCCUCCUCCUCCUCCUCCUCCGUUCCUGAACCCGACCCCACCUCGCACCGCCGCGUGAUCGCCGGAGCGGCGACGGGAAGAGCAGCCUCCUCCGCCGCCGCCGCCGCCGAGGGGCUCGGGCCACAUGAGCGACCAGCUCUCCAAGGCCACCUCCGUCUUCGGGCUCAACCUAUGGGUCGUGGUGGGCAUCUGCGUCGGCGUCGCCAUCGUCCUCCUCCUCUUCUUCAUCUCCCUCUGGCUCACCUCCCGGAAGUCCAGGACCGCCCCCCGCCCCCUGCCCGCCGGCGGCUCCGGCGGCGGCGGCCACCACCUCACCUCCAUCCCCGCCGUCUCCAAGGAGAUCCAGGAAAUCCAAAUCCAGCACUCCCAGGUCCAGCCCGACCCCUUCCCCGACCCCCCGGACCCGCUCCCCGAGGAGGAGAGCCUCAUUGGGUACAACCGGAUUCACAUUGAGAUCGGCAAGGACCACCGCAUAUCGUACCCGGAGAGGUACUACGGGUCGUCCUCCCACGGGAGCGGCGGCGGCGGCGGCGGCGGGGAGGGCGGCCCCAGGAGCGGCGAUCAGGUGGCGGCGGUCGUGCCGGAGGUCUCGCACUUGGGCUGGGGGCAUUGGUAUACUCUCCGGGAGCUCAAGGCCGCCACGAACGAGUUCACUGAUGAAAAUGUGAUCGGCGAAGGAGGGUAUGGGAUUGUGUACUACGGUCUUCUGGAGGACAAGACUCAGGUCGCUGUCAAGAACUUGCUUAAUAACAGGGGGCAAGCUGAGAAGGAGUUCAAAGUCGAAGUCGAAGCGAUUGGGCGCGUUCGGCAUAAGAACUUAGUGAGAUUGCUUGGCUACUGUGCUGAAGGAGCUCAUAGGAUGCUUGUGUAUGAGUAUGUCAAUAAUGGGAAUUUAGAGCAGUGGCUUCAUGGGGAUGUUGGUCCUUGUAGUCCUUUGACUUGGGAGAUACGGAUGAAAAUUAUCUUGGGAACUGCCAAAGGUUUGACUUACCUUCAUGAGGGACUCGAACCGAAAGUGGUACAUCGCGAUAUUAAAUCGAGUAAUAUAUUGCUCGACAAGCAGUGGAACCCUAAAGUCUCAGACUUUGGCCUUGCCAAGCUGCUCUGUUCAGAGAAUAGUUAUAUCACAACUCGCGUGAUGGGAACAUUCGGCUAUGUAGCCCCUGAAUAUGCGAGUACGGGCAUGCUUAAUGAAAGAAGUGAUAUAUACAGCUUUGGAAUUCUGAUCAUGGAGAUAAUUUCUGGGAGAAACCCUGUUGAUUAUAGCCGCCCUCCAGAAGAGGUGAAUUUAGUUGAUUGGCUCAAGAAGAUGGUUACCGACAAGAACCCAGAGGGAGUGUUGGACCCCAAGUUGCCUGAGAAGCCUACUUCAAGGGCAUUAAAGCGGGUACUUCUAGUAGCUCUAAAAUGUGUUGACCCUACUGCACAGAAGCGCCCGAAGAUGGGUCACGUAGUACACAUGCUUGAAGCUGAGGAGUCUCCUUUCAAAGAUGAUCGUAGAGCUGGAAGGGACGUGGGGCGUGUUAAUGGCAACAGGUCGCAGAUUGGGUCGAUAGAGACUAAAGCGCCGGAAACUGGUGGCAGUGCCCAAGAAAACGUAACUUCUAUAAAUGAGGCACCUAGACAACAAGAAUCCGAAGAGCAGAACUUGUAAAUUCCAAUGUCCUUCCAGAGAAAAAUUCUUGUGGUUAAUAUAAUAAUGCUACAUUCAGAAGAUGUCAUUCUUUGGCGACGGGGGGCUUUCAGAUAAGUUUAUAUUACAACAGUGUUUCAAUCCAUUCCGUUUCAUGUAGUUGAUUUUCUCGCAAGUCCUUCCGUUCAAAAGCUAUCAUAUUAGCUUCAGCAUGUAUUAUAUACAAUGUAGCCAACCUUGAUUAAAUUUUCCCUUCUCUGGCAAUAUCUAUUGAAUACCACCGCUGCUGCAAUUGCUGUUGCUGCAGAGAAUUACCUGCAACUGUCUUGAGUUUGAGUGAAUGUCUUGUAGAUGAUCAUUGCUAUGGUGAAACCAUACCCAGAAAAACGAAGGAGGGACCGAGUAUUCAAUCAUGCAAGUCCCAGAAUUUAAUGGUGUUGCUUAGAGUAAGGUUGGUUGGAUCAAGAACUGGCAGUCUGACUGGGUCCCUCCACUAACAUGGCCUUGUUAGUCCCCAAAGGUGCAUGAGUGCAUGAAAAGGCCACGGUGUGGACACUCGAGAGUUUUUUCACAGCUGGGUUUGUUUAUGGCUCUUUUCUCUUUGGAAUCUCUCAAAUUUCUAGCCCCCCCCCCCUCGCAAUUGAUGGCGAGGGUGGUCCAUUUACUUUUUGGAUAAUAGCUCUGCGAGAGGUCCGUUUUACGAUUUUGGCUCUUCUUAUGUUAUUAUGAGAGGCCCACAUGGUGCAUCAAUUUUCAGCGGCAUCUUUCAAUAGGUGUUGGAACUUCAAUGAUUCAGUCAUGUGGCACUUUCAACUCCAUUGUCUAAAGGUUUUAUUUUUUGUA